AUGGAUGUAGAGCCGGCAUCACCGCUAUUAAAGCGAGCGCUCUCGUCCCCGCAGCUUCGCUUGUCCACAGGGGUACUGGGGCUGGCUCGCGAGGCCUCUUCCGAUCUCACGGCAGUAGUAGCUUCAAAUUCGAAGUCAACGGACCCCGAGGCAGCCUCAAAUUCCAAAGAGCCAUUAAGAGACUCACCCAAGCUACCCACGACACAAACGACACAAACGACUCCCGAAAUAGCUCGGCUCGUAUCAAAGAGCAAGGCAAAAUCGCCAGGUUUUGACUUUGAGCAGCAUUAUGGCGUCUCUCGCAAAUCUGCCGGAGAGGUCUUGAACGAAAUUCUGCAAGACCUCUUGAAUUACAAAAAUAUCCACAACUGGGACGAUAAGCUUGUGACUACGCCGUUCGCUGCCCUUACGGCGACUGUUCGCAGCUAUUAUAACGAGAAGCCCGGACACCUCAACAGCUUACUCGAGGACGCCGUCGUCGACGAGGUCUUGACGGCCAAUGGUGUCAGCAGCAGGCCAUCUAUCAAGGCUGAAAUGGCCAAUAUCGAUGCUCAUUUAUUCUUCACAAAGAACCUGCCCAAGAGAAGGCCGUCAACAACUCCGGAAUCGGAGGCCGUUCCAGUUACGCCCCGUACACGAAGCACACCUGGAAGUUUCCAGUCCAAAUCACCAGGCCUGUCGCAUGGGCGAGUUGUAUACAUCAAGGAGAAAACGACCGCCUUGAAAAGAGCCAGCUUUCUCGUCCUGCAUGCGUUUUGUAUACGCUUACAGAAUGAAGACUACGGCUUCAUUCGCGCCUUUAUCGAACGGCACCUCAGCUUGCGGUGUGUGCAAAAGGUCCCCUACCACUGGCAGCAGAUAUCUCCUCCACAGAUGGACGCCUCACGGCAACAAUGCUACAAAAGGGUCACCAUCUCCUGCCACCUCUCGUAUCUGACCCUCGAUUCGGAUUCCCAAGAUGCAGCCGAUACCAAAGAAUCGAUCGAUCGAGAGGCCGUCUUCCCCUUCGGGCACAAAACGAAGGACCACCAUGACGACUUGCCCAACAGCCACCAAUCUCUCUUCCGGGCAUCGUCAUCUGUCCUGCUCACGCUCGCUGAACCCGUCGAAUCAAAGUCUCACGAGGAAGAAACCAGCCUGUUGCGCAAUCCCGAGGCUUUAUGGACCGUCAUUGUGCUCAACUCCCCCUCCAAUCUAGGCUACGACCACGAGCCAGUACAGUACCUCACGCCCAUAGCCCAGUAUGUGCGCGGCAUGGCGUCUUCUGUAGUCACGCAAAGAAACAACGCCCAGGGCAUAUACGACGCCGUCAAAGGUCGCCUGGCGGAUAACGAGGGCGACGGCAUGUUUGACGACAAGAACUUCACCAAGUCGAUGCUGUAUCACUGGGCGGUGCAGGCGUGCGACGAGCUGGCCGAGUCGAUAUCCUCGAGUUUGCGUUUCCUGAGAAAGACGCUCGAAACGAACGUCAAGAAACUUUGCACUGACGCGCAUGUGUACGAGAAGCUCGGCAUUGAGUAUUGGAUGCAGCGGAUGGAUGAGGAGCUGUUCGCGCUGGAGGAUCUAGAGUCGCAGAUUAUUGCGUUGCGAGGGCGAGUGCAAGAAAAUCGUCACGCGUUGCACGGCGUCACGGCGGUUCUCGAAGCUCGUCUGGCCUCCCAGCAAAGCGAACGCAUGAAGAUACUCGCUUACCUGGCAACGAUAUACCUGCCACUGACAUCUACAGCUUCACUGUACAGCAUGAGCGUCCUUCCGAAAUCAGCAAACUUCCCAUCCUUCUUCGUCGUCCUCGCUAUAUCUCUCGUCCUCACCAUCCUCCUCGGCCUGCAGUUGCCCUCACUCCUGGCAAAAUGGUUCUAUGUCACGCGAACGUGGCCACCGCGAGCUCGCCAGGCCAUAAAGAGGACCAACAUGUCAUUCCAACGCCCCGAGUGGACCAGAAUCCCCUAUAUCCAGGGCUACGUCGACAUAUUGAACCCAACCAUCGAUCUAGAUCCUCGUUUGAGAAACCCGCCCGACCACUGGAGCGAGACGGUCCAAGAUUCCUUGCUCUUCUACAUUACUUGGUUCAUCUUUCGCCGCCUCCCCGUACUGGUGCUGCAUCACUUCCUCUCCAACGAGGUCAACUUCCCAGUCUAUCAGUGGUUUCUGUAUCAGCAUAGGCAUAAUCCCCGGAUGGAGAUCUACUACCACUGGGCCUUCUUUAUCCGGGAUUUUGUGCGUGCUAUUCUCUUGCCGGCGUGGGUUGUCGUCGGCGGCGCCUUCUUGUGUUACUUGAUCAUCCAGGACGUUCUUGGAGUUGUGUGCGUGCCCGUGCUUAAUGUUGUGCUGGGUCCUGUUUUGCAGCUUUUUACUUUCUGUUUCGUCGGCGUCGUGCUUGUUUCGGAGUUUAUUUGGGAUAAUUUGCUGGGGAUACUCAGGUUUCUGAGCUUCAGGUGUUGGCUACGGAGGGGCUAA